AAAGAAAGAAGAUGGCGUCACUUUCUUAUUCGUGUUAGUGAAGGAAAGUCAAAAAUCUAAUUUUUCUCUCAGUUUUUCAUUUUUCAAUGAGUAAAUCAAAAUAUAUCUUUACAUAAUGUCAAACCAAAUCAUUAAGCCACACAGUGAUCCUCUUAGCUCGAAUUCACCCACAAAUGAAGGAAAUCUAAACCAAACUCAAAACCAUGUCCAUAGCCAAAUGCAGGAAGUCCAUAGUUUUACUCCGGUUAAACUUGCUGAUACCUUCCGUAGACUGGUGUUUACAAUGGAAAAGGGCAAUACUAUUAUGCAAGGUUGUACUAAUGCCGUAUCCAACUUGAAUCAAAAGGUUGCGCCAGAGCAAAAACAAUUUCUUGGUGAUCGAAAAGAUAAGGUGACAGUAGAACUGAAAUGUUCCUUUUUGCAAAUCUUAAACAUCGACACAGUAGGUCAGUGUUUUGAGGCUGAAGUUUUUGUUCAAGCGAAAUGGCAAGAACCAGCCUUACAAAAGGCGGCAGAGCUAAAUGAUAAAAGCAUGUACGAUCCUAAGGAACACUGGAUACCACGAAUGACUAUUUUAAAUGCAAAUGGAGAUUUAACAUUCAAUAGACGAAAUUUUUCAGUACAUUUUAAUCAAAAGGGUUACAAAUAUCCAGUUGUUACCUUACUUUGGAGAUUUAAAGGCAAAUUUCGAGAAAAUUUGGAGUUGGAACAUUUCCCUUUUGACGUUCAGGAUCUAACAAUUCAAUUAUCAACAGAAAGGUCGGCCGAUGAAGUUGAUUUUAUCGAAGAUCAACAGGUUCUUUCUACAGUAAAUACCGGAACGUUUCAGAAUUCUGGAGAAUGGAACAUAUACGAACAUGUUGAAACAUUCAAAGAUUCAACAACAAGGGAAUAUGUUAGUUCGACCGUCCAUCCGAUUUUAUUCGCCCAAUGCCGAGUCAAGAGAAAAUUCGGGUUUUAUAUGUGGAAUAUUGCUUUCAUCGUGGCAUUAAUUUCAAAUUAUACAUUUUUAAUGGGGACAGAAGAACCAGAUAAGGUAGAUAGGAUGUAUAAUAAUGCCACAUUGUUAAUGACUGCUUUCGUUUUUAGAAUGUCUAUUACCCAAACCUUACCUGCCAUAUCGUAUCUUACUUAUUUGGAUGUUUAUGUGAUAGUCUCCUUGGUGUUUCAUUGCCUACAGAUUGCUGAAAAUUCUUUGAUGGCCUGUCUCAGCAGGCAUAUUAGUAGAGAAGAGCUUUAUGAUUGGGAUAUUUUCUGUAUUUCAAUUUUUGGUGUCAUUUAUUUCUUAUUCCAUAUCAUGUUCCUGGUAUAUAUCUACCUAACGGCUUACAGAAGAAGAAGGUUGAUGGAACAAAAGGACAGAUUAUAUCAGGCUAAAAGACGUCAUUUAGAAAGAUACGGAGUUAUGAUGAAACCAAACCAAGCUGAUGCUUUAGCCAUUAAAAUUAGCCAACUAAAGUUUCAAUGAAUAUCCUCGACUCCAUCUUCACAAUGCCAAGGUAUUACAAACUUCGUUUUAUACCUUGACUGCAAUAGCCACCUUUCUUGUAUCACGGAAGUUAGUAAAUACAGCGAUUUGGUUAGAUUGUACGUUAGCGAAUACAGUCAACCAAGGCCUCGACAUAAAGUCUGGAAACAAUAAACAAUAGUGUUUAAAUUCGCUGAGGUACAUACAAAUCAAAUCGUUGCAUUCUAUGAUACAAUAAGGGUGUCUAAUGUCAUCAAGACAUAAGACGGAAUUAUGAAUACCUUGACCAUUGCAAAGAUGUACCCAGUUUGGAUAACUGCUUUACUUUUCAUACACUUUAAAAACUUGUUGACAGCAUUAAAAAAAAACCUACUUGCAGCAUGACAGCAUGAAUUGGAAAUCAUCUACGAAGAUUUUAAAAGAAUUUGAAAUAAUAGUAAUCUUAUAUAGUCAUCAGAUCUUCAAUUCUUCAAUUUGUUGUGAAAGGAACCUAGGGGAACUGAGUCGAUUUUCAAUUCCAUGACAUUUAUGAGAAUGUUCGCUAUAAAUGUCUGGGCAGUAUUUUAAUGAAAAUUACACCUACAUAUUUCUGUGAUAGUUGUUGAAUAAUGUUAUUGUUUUAUUGCCUUGUUUGUGCUUCUUAUUUGUAAUAUUUCUUAAAUUCUACAAAGUGUUAUAGUACGUUACAAAUUAAUAUUGUCGUUUUUAAUGGCACGUAAUUAAAUAAUCUGUACUGUAC